AUGCCUAAGGUGGAAUAUCGCGGCCAUAAAGUCUCCCACAAUGGACUGGAGGUGAAUCGGUCGGCAUUGACUGAUCUAGCAUUUCCAGGAUCACUUAGAGCCAUGCACUGCUUUAUCGAAGACUACGCGAUCUGUGCGUCAGUUUUGUAUGAGUUGCGAGAAAUCGAUUUCGCCGCGAUGAUGAAGGACACCAGCCAAGUACGGAUCCGACAAGUGCUAGAGGCGGAGAUUUGGAUCCCCCGUUGGAUCCAUCCCUAUCGAUCUGUCAAUGUGCUCAAAUCUAAGAUCGCCACCACUCAGAUCCUGCUGCACUUUGAUCCAGAUCGAAGAGCCACGGUUGUGGUGUAUGCUAGUGACUGGGCCAUCUCAGGAUCGUUGAUGCAGGAGUAUGGCAAGACCUACUACCCCGUGAUAUUUGCGAGCCGUACUUUGAAGUCAAAUGAGUUGAAUUAUGGCAUCGCAGAGAAGGGGGUGCUGGCCUUGCUGACGACCCUGGAUCUUAACUACAAGGCCUUGAUUCGGCGCCCAAUCCAUGUGUUGACCCGACACUCUACUUUGGCGUGGCUCUUCAGGUCCACAGCCGUGCAAGGACGUCUGGGACAGUGGACCGCUCUGUUGUCGCCCUGGACUCUUGAGAUCACCAAGUGUGUCAAAGGAGAGGACGAGAUCUUAGGAGCAUUUGGUGGCCAAUCUUUAGUGGAUAAGGCAUUGAUCUCGAUUGCCCCUAAAAAGGAGCCAACACGCAAGAUCCAAGCUCCGAUCCCUACUAUUAGACGCGAUGAGGAUCUAUACGUCGUUAGUUUCGAUGGAUCUGCCCGUGUCAAGAGAGGUGGAGGCGCCACCACGCGAUCUUGUGGAAGCUGCCUGAGUGGAGGAAUAUCAUGGGUUACUGUUGUGUUUGGAUCUGUUGAAAGAUCUGGAGCACGAUGUCUAGUGAUCUGCGGAGACUCGAACCUGGUGAUCCGGCGAGUACGAGGCGGGAUCGAUUGUAAAGCACCGGGUUUGACAUUGCUACGCCUGAGAGCUCUGGAUCGAUUACGAACUUGGCCAGACGACUAG